AUCUGGAGCAUCAUCGUCUUGGCCGCUAACCCUGAAGAAUCUAAAACCCUAAUUAGUCGUCGAAGAGGAAGAUGGGAACAACAAGCAAGGACCUUUUGCAGUUGGAGCACAACAAGUCUUCUAUUUCACCACUGGAAUCCACACUUCUUGUUUGUAAAAACAGAUCCCAGGCUGCGCAAUUGAAGAAGCCCAUCAUUGGUCCUCCUCCCAAAAGCCAGUUGUUGGGAAAAAUGAGGAACUUCUUGGGAGUCAUGGCAGAAGCUAAUGAGAAAUUGCAGCUUGAUGCGAAGGAUAAUCCAGAAAAAUAUGACAUCCAAUUGCUCACCGGGGAUGAAUCUCAAGUCGUUAGUAUGGACUGUAUGUUGGGUGUUGUUGAUCUUCAAACGCCUGAGGCUGUGGCUGCCGCAGAAGCUGCAGUUUCUGGUUAUCAGCCUGUAAUAUCAGUGGCGGAUAGCAGUAGUGUAGAUGAAUCAGAUGAUAGUAGCAGUGAUGAAGAAGAAAGUAGUAAUGACAAUGAAGAUGAUGAAAGCAAUGAGCGGGGUAGGAAAACAUCCUUCCCUGACAAAACUAAAUCAAUGAGUGAAGAGGUUAGUAACAAACGGCCCAAAAAGCGCUCUAAAAUUGUCGAGCUUUCAUAAAAGUCUUGCGUAACUAGUUCUCGCAUGGUAAAGAUCAAUGGUACGGUACAUUGAUUUACUGUAGCAGAGGGCUGUAUGAUGAAUUGUAAUGGUAAUGUAUCAUUAGAACAUAUAAAUUAAGCUGUAUGGAAAGGAAAUAUUUUGAUUAAUUCCAGUGCUAUGUUUGUAGAAGUCUUUAGGAUUUCUCAAAGGCAAAGUU